CGAUCUGAUCUGCCUCACAGGGGAUCCAAGCUAUGGACGAGCGGCGGCGGCGGCCGGGGGACGAUGAAGAAGCAGCGGCUAAUAGCAGUGAACAUCAGCCGCCGCCGAGGAUGGAGAUGAUGAAGAAGGGGUCGUGGAGCCCCGAGGAGGACAGCCUGCUGACCAGCCUGGUGGAGCAGCACGGCCCCCACCGCUGGAGCCUCAUCAGCGCCGCCAUCCCCGGCCGCUCCGGCAAGUCCUGCCGCCUCCGCUGGUGCAACCAGCUCAGCCCCGACGUGCACCACCGCCCCUUCACGCCGCGCGAGGACGCGCUCAUCCUCGCCGCCCACGCCCGCUACGGCAACAAGUGGGCCACCAUCGCGCGCCUCCUUCCGGGCCGCACCGACAACUCCAUCAAGAACCACUGGAACUCCAACCUACGCAGGUGCAGGCGCCGGGCGGCGGCGGCGGCGGCGCCGGCAUCAACCUCCCGUGCUGCUGCUGCUGCUGCAGGCCCCCACCAGCCGCCGCGACGCAUCAACCUGCUGCUGCAGCAACAGCAAUCUGCUGCAUGUUUUGCUGCUCCAUCGGCGGAUGAUCCGCCGCUACCAGCAGAUCAUCAGCAACAGUGCAUGAUGGGAUUAUUAGAUCAGCCCAACCCCAACACCAACAGCAGCACUCUGCUGCUGCAUGGCCAUGGCGGGACUCCAGCAGCUGAGCCGCCCACAUCUCUGUCCCUGAGCCUGGGCCUACCACUGCCAGCUGCAGAUCCACCAGAAGCCGCCGCCGCUGCCGAUGAGGUCGUUGUUGCGGCGCUCAAGCUGCAGGCGCCAGAGCCGCCGGGCAUGAUGAUGAGGCACCUGCAGCCUCAUCAUCAGGAAGCAGCAGCAAACGCGCAACUCAUUGCGGCAGUGCGCCAGAUGGUGAGGGAGGAGGUGCAGCGCCAGACAGGGCAGCUCGCCUGCUCACUUAUGGCUGCUGCAGCAUGGGCAAAGCAGCCACACCACCACCGUUGAUCGAUCGAUUAGCCAUCAUCUAUACUAUAUACUAGUAUCUAUAUAUUUUCCUUGUAUUUAAUUAAUUUCAUGCAUGGGUUUAGU